AUGACAUUUAAGUUGGCUAGAACAGAGUGCAAACUUCUUCGACGCAUACUGAGUUCACAUGGAUUUCAUGAAUCUUUUAGUCAGUUUGAAGAGUUAAAUAUAUUGUGGACAGGCUGUCACCUGAAACCCUACCUUCUGAGGUUUUUAACAGAUUUUCAAAAAGUUAACCACUUUCCAAGAUCAUAUGAAAUCACUAGGAAAGACAGGCUGGCUAAGAAUAUUAAAAGAAUGCAGCUUAUUAAAGAUCUGAAAAGCUUUGAUUUUGUGCCAUCAACAUUUAUACUUCCCGAAGAACUAGAUGAUUUUUAUAGAAGCUACCUUGGUGAGAAGGGGGCAUUUAUUGUAAAGCCAAUAGCGUCCUCCAGAGGCAGAGGAAUCUAUUUAGUUAAACAUCCUGAAGAGGUUUCAUGUGAAGAACCAGUAAUUGUUUCACGUUACAUUUCGAACCCCCUCCUGCUUGAUGGCUUCAAGUUUGACGUACGCCUUUAUGUUGCUGUGACCUCUUAUCAACCAUUUAUAUGUUACAUAUAUGAAGAGGGACUUGUACGCUUUGCCACAGUACGGUACCAACAUGGGGUCAAGCAUCUCAAAACUCAGUGUAUGCAUCUCACAAACUACAGCGUAAAUAAAAGAAAUUUUGAGUACGUACAAAAUGAUGAUGCAGAUAUUGAGGAUUUCGGAAACAAAUGGUCUUUCGGUGCCCUUCUGAGGUCAAUUUAUCGCCUUCAUUGGUUUGUGAUUCACCUUUGGACUUCAAAGUUAAAUCACACAUGCUAA